CAUUCACCCCAGUUUUGUUUAACCUUUUUCCCAUUGACAAUUUUUUUUAAACAUCAUUCGUGUUAUUCCAUCAUGAGGAUGCGGCCGCCAUUGCGCGACCCCCGCCGCCACGUACGUACCAUCGCCCGCUCAUCUGGAAGCACUGGGCAUCGGUGGACGUCGCUGCUAGCUGUGGCCGCUGCCGCGGUGCUGGUUCUUCAAUUAUGCGCAGCAGAAGUGGCCGCGAAGGACGUCAUCACGCCACACAGCAACAUGGAGAUGACAGUGACCAUGACAGGAGCCGGCGAUGCUGAGCAGACACGCAAGAAGCCCAGUAAGCGCAAUAAAACGCAUCAAGAACCCGAAGUUGGUACGUGGAGUAACUAACGUUGAAACGUUUUAUCAACUUUAGUUGGCUUUUGGCUUCCUACUAAAAGCCUUUAUGCCCGCCCUCUCUGCUCUUAAGUGCUUACGUUUGUGCUUGCGACGGGAACUGCAGAGAGCUUGCUGGCGGACUUUGACCACGAUGGACACGUGGGACGCCGCGAGAUCCAGCAAAUCAAGGACAAACUGCACCAUUUACUAGACACAGACGAUAGCGGCGGAUUGGAUCUAUCGGAGCUUAAAACUAGAGCCAAAACUGACCAGGACGUGGACGCUGCACUCAAGAAACUCGAUCGUGACCACGACGCCGUCAUCUCGUGGAAGGAACUGGACGAACGCUGGGAAAGUGUGGGUGCCGAGAUGACUGUGGCCGAGGUGGCUGACUGGGUGGCCUAUGCAGUGCAGUUACCACAGUACCGUGAAGUGUUUCGAGCCAAUUCGAUCUCUGGAUACACGUUCCCGUUGCUAAUGGCCAACGAUGGAGCGAGAUUGCAAGAGAUUGGCGUUCAUAGCGAACUACAUCGUCAUCAAUUGGCUAUGUUUUUACAGAUGAAAUAUCUUGGUAUGGGACGCAAACCGGAAGCUGUUGCAUCGAGUGUUUGUACAGCAGAACGCUCGACUUCGCAAGAUAAAGUGCUGCUUCAGAUCGCUUGGGUACCCGCAGAGAAUACGCCCCAACGGUAUCAACUGCAACGUCGCAGUCCUGGUGAAUCCACGUGGGUGCCGGUGUAUACAGGAGCCGACACGGAGUUUUUGGACGUCGUGGAGUCGGAUCAGCAUGUGGUUUAUCGCCUCACGACCUGGAAUUCGUAUGGACGUAGCCCCCAUGUAUUCGUGCGUUGUGAAGAAGCAUCGUCCGCUUCGUCAAAUGCAGAGCUGUCUCCGUCUCUGUUGCCUAGCUCGGGAAAGUCGCGGUCCUCACGCUCGUCUUCCCAGAGAAACAAGCGGAACUUGGAGAUUGAAGACACCGAAGAGGACGACUCUGAUGACUUUGAUCAUAGACUCAGUGUAUGGGGUCUGCUCAAAAUUUACUUCUGGUGGCUGGACGACGCGAUCGUUAUCCUCUUAGUAGUAAUGCUACCCAUUCGAGGAAUUAUCUACGGUGACGCUGACUCGCUACUCCGACUGCUACGUCGAUUGCCACCAAAUAUGCCUACCCGUGUGACGGUGGAAGUCGAGCAUAGCAAGACAACCGUGGAGAGCGCUGCAGCUCGUGUGUCGUGGGAGAAACCGGUAGACAACGGGGUUCCUAUUGUAUGCUACACAGUGCGUUGGACACGCACCAAAACAGAAGAAGUCAAGUGGAUAAAGCUGCUCACUGUACCGCUGCCCACUACUGUGAUCGUGGACAAACUUCAUCAUGGAGAGACGUACAAGUUCGUCGUGCAAGCUACAAACCAGUUCGGUCUAGUGACAAAUUCCAGUCGAUCCACGUACAUGGUGCCAGUACCGGAACUCAAGGGCAAGCUGCGCCCUCGACAACUUCCAGCCGAAAAGCGAGCUCUUCGCAAUCAAUGCCAUGUCUGUCAUGACCCUCGAUACAAGAAGAAGGUGCCGUUCACUGCCACUCUGGACCGCCGUAUCCUGCACUACUGCUGCCUUUGUGACCGCGAGUUCUGUCAUUAUCACAAGGGAGAAGUGUAUCAUACGAAAGCAUUGAGCUGUCCAAUUGUGGACGGUCGAUGCAUCUGCAUCACGUGUAAAGAGAGCCGUCUGCAUCGUACUGUCACGUACUGAAAUAGAGAUUUCAGAGAUUGAAAAAAUAUUUCGAGAGCGCAUCUGAUUGGCUGGGAUGGCAUUCAGACGAAAAAAACCAUUAAAAAUUUAAUGGCUUUUUUUCGUC